GGAGCCGUCGGCGCGCCCAGGUGGGGAUGAGCCGGGGCCGUACCUGCUCCAGGACUGCAGCCGGCCCUCCCACCGCCCCGCGCCGAGAGAGGGGAAAGCGGAGGGAUUUCUUGGAGAAGUGGUCAGUCCUGGGGCGGCCGCUGUUGCAGAGAGACGCGGUGUCCCCCACGGAGCUCCUGAGCUGGCAGGGGCCAGAGAGCGGCCGGCAUGGGCCCCGAGCUGCCUGCGCCUUGGCUGCUGCUCUUCACCUGGCUCCCAGCAGGGUGCCAGUCCUUGCUGGUGACGGUCCAGCACACAGAGCGCUUUGUCACCCUGUUUGCCUCCAUCGUCCUCAAGUGUGACUACACUACCUCUGCCCAGCUCCAGGAUGUCGUGGUCACGUGGCGCUUCAAGUCCUUCUGCAAGGACCCCAUCUUUGACUACUACUCUGCAUCAUACCAGGCAGCUUUAUCCCUGGGCCAGGACCCAUCCAAUGACUGCAACGACAGCCAGCGGGAGGUGCGCAUCGUGGCUCAGCGCCGGGGGCAGAAUGAGCCCGUGCUGGGGGUGGAUUACCGGCAGCGCAAGAUCACCAUUCAGAACCGAGCAGAUCUGGUGAUUAAUGAAGUGAUGUGGUGGGACCAUGGAGUGUAUUAUUGCGCCAUUGAGGCUCCCGGGGACACGUCAGGAGACCCAGAUAAGGAGGUGAAGCUCAUUGUCCUGCACUGGCUGACAGUGAUCUUCAUCAUUCUGGGAGCCCUCCUUCUGCUCCUGCUGGUCAGCGUGUGCUGGUGCCAGUGCUGUCCUCAGUAUUGCUGCUGCUACAUCCGCUGCCCCUGCUGUCCUGCCCGCUGCUGCUGCCCCGAGGAAGCCCUGGCCCGCCACCGCUACCUGAAGCAGGCUCAGGCCCUAGGUCCUCAGAUGAUGGAAAACCCCUAUACUGGGGGGGCGGACAGGAGCUCCCAGGUUUCAUCUUAUCCAAUGAACCCGCUGCUGCAGCGAGAUUUGUCCCUGCGAUCCAGCCUCCCACCGAUGCCAAUGACCCAGACCACCGCUUACCCUCCCAUUGCAAAUGGUGUCUUAGAGUAUUUGGAGAAAGAGCUUCGGAACCUCAACCCAGCCCAGCCUCUGCCCCAUGACCUCAAAGCCAUAUCUGGCCAAGCCUGCAGCAUGCUGUCCUCUUUGGGCUCUGAGGUUGUGGAGCGCAGAAUCAUCCACCUGCCCCCACUGAUCAGAGACCUGCCGUCCUCAAGGAGGACCAACAACUCCUCCCACCAGCAAUGGCUUACCCCAAUUCCCCCUGGACCCUGGGAUCCGAGGGAGGGGAGAAGGCAGCCCCACUAUUCUGAUUUCCACCAGGAGCUUCAGGACCAGGAGCCUAAGCGCUGGGCGUUGGAGGCACGGGAGCUGAACCAACUUCGGAGGGGAAGACACCACCGCUCUGGGGUGCACGGGUCCCCUUUGCCCUGGUCAGACAGGGACAGCCUCAGCGAUGGCCCCUCAUCAAGGGAGUCCCGUUGGCGGCCCGACCACCCACCUCUCCGGAGCCGGUACCCAGACGGACCCCGCAGGCCCAGACCCCAGGAGAAUGCACAGAGGCACCGGAGGCGCAGACACCGUAGCUACUCCCCUCCCUUGCCUUCUGGCCUCAGUUCCUGGAGCUCUGAGGAGGAUGAGAAGGAGAGGCACCCCCAGAGCUGGGGAACCCACCGCCACCACAGCUCACACUCCUCUAACUGGCCUGAGGAGAAGCCACCCAGCUACCGCUCACUGGAUGUCAUGCCAGGCAAGAAUGGCAGGAAAAAAGGGAGUGUGGAGAGGCGUUCGGAGAGAGACAGCUCCCAUAGUGGAAGGAGUGUGGUCAUUUAGUCACCUGGCACAGCGCUACAUCUUUGACUACUCCUCAGCUCCCACAUGUCAUCAACAUCACCCAGAUUUCCAGCUGACUUGGGAGGGACACUGAAAGUGUCUAUCUUGCAGAUUCUGAGAACAAAAUAGAAAAAUAUUAAAAACAAGAGUUUGAGGAAUUAAUGACUAUAGUGUUAGCUUUGGCUCACACUCUGCACAUUUAGAGUGUCUGACUUGUAAUGGACUCUAACUGGUUUGUGAUCUCUCAGGAAAUUAGUAGCCUGAGUCUUCAACUAGGUUACAGAGCUCAGAACUAUGGCCAUUCUCAAAGUGAGAACUCAGGAAUCUUUAAGAAGAAAUCAAACAUGUUUCAGGUACAGGAAAUUUAUUGAAUAUGGAAAUUUCCAUAGGAACUUGUCUCUAUUUCUAUAAGAUACCUCCAUUUUAGGAGUCCGCCUUGCUACACCCGUGCCCAGUCUUGAGGGCUCCUGAGGGUCAAGUCAGAGAUGGUACAGGAAAUGCUCUCAUGGGUUAUUUAGGCAAGUGUAGAAGAUCACUGAGAAGCAGUUAUACACCAAACUUAUCUCUCUCCCUUGUUUUCUCCUCCCCCCUCCUCCUCCUUUUUUUUGGGGGGGGGCUACAUCUAAUUUAUAUAUCCUUACAUAUUAUGUAUCCACUAAAAUCACUUUACAUUCUUCUUGGGAACAACACAGUAUACAAAUAAAUUAGAAAGAAAAUAUACUGACCUAAGGAUUCUGUCCCAAAUUAAUACUUACUUUGGUGCACUUGAGUUUUCUUCCCUACUAAAUCUCAGAGAAGAGCCAGCUUGGCUCUUCUUGGAUAGUUUGGAGUCAUCUUGGACUUGGAUAGUUUGGAGUCACCUUUCUCCUGGCACCACUCAGCCUUGUAGAGUUGAGAUUUCCCAAGCAGAAGCAUCGAGGUAGGUCUGGCCACUGAGAGAACCCCAGGAGGAGAGGACUAUCCCCUCUCUAUAGUAAGCUCUACUACUCCCUCCCAUUUUCCCCAAUCCCUUUGCUGGUUUCAUGAAUCCAUCUGUGCUUGAUGUAGAGAUGCUCCUUGAGAAGAUUGGAAGAAGAUGGUCUGAAAGGAGGGGUGUGUGUGUGUGUGUGUGUGUGUGCACGUACACUCCUUAACAGUAUCUUUAUGUAUAUGGCCUUAUUCUCAAUUUAGAUUCUAUUGUGUUGACACAUUCAUUUUCCCCCCCAGCCUCAUUAAUUACAUCCAGAGAAAAUAGAUUAAAUGCGUGCAUCAGGCAAAGAUUACUUUCAGAUUUUUGAUGUCUAUAAUGUAACUGGGUCUAAAAUAGCAAAACAGAAACAAAAAUAAAAAAUUUUUAACAGAUAAAGAAGACAUAAAAUUGAGUAGGUGAGGGUCUUCUGGGUCUGGACAAGAUGGUAUAGACUUUUUCCUUGCUCCUUUCCACUAAGCAUAACUUUAUAAACCCUGGAAAUGGCAUGAGAAACAGGCAAAGGAGAACUCUAAAGGAUGUUAAGAAGGCGGCAAGGUGGUUUGGGAACUCAGGGUGUGAGGCAUAACACAGAGGCAGAGUAUCUUGAAUCCCCCAACCAAAAAAGACACCCAGAGCUGGCAUUUCCCAACUUCCCACCUAGCAAAAGAAGGUAAUAUAGCUCAUUCUUCCCCCUGGAUUUAGUGGGAGUCGCUUUGACAACCUCGGGCAACGGGGACCGUCUAGGAACCCUGCCAAAAAUAAGUGACCAGGGGAAGUACGCUCCUUCCCUGCUAGGCCAGAGACUCUUCCAUGGAGAAGUACUAUGGUGAGUAGGAAGAACCAGUAAGAGGCUCAGAUAAAGUGGGUAACCCAGCUGAGAAAGCUCUUUGUUCCCAAGGGCCAGAGACUCUCUUCCACUGCCCAGAGAUAGUAGUGCUGACUACGAAACCAGGAAAAAGGACCUGUCACAGCUAACAGCCUGAGCCUGGAAGCCACUUGUUUCCAUGAAACUGAUACUCUCCUCCCUGGCCCAGAUUAACUAGGGUAGCAGGGGAACACCAAGAGAAAGAUUUCUACAUACUCCUCACCAAGAGAUAUCUAGCAACCCAGCCAGGGGAAAUUCUGUCUGUCACCUCAGGCAGCACUGACAGAGACCAGAGUGAUCCUUAGCAGAACCAUGUACAUCAAAUAGACCAACAUAACAUCACAAAUGUUCUGAAUCAUUAAACUGCCAUUGGAAUCAUGGCCUGCAAAAGUAGGUGACAACUUGUAUGUUGAACCUAAUAGAGUAACUUCCUAUAAAAUAAAAUAUUAAAAUAGGACCCAGAGUAUCCUAACAUAAUAGACAAAAUGACCAGGAUACAAACCAAGAACCAAGAAAAUCACAACUUGAAUGAAAAACGAAAUCACCUGAUGCCAACCUGAUAUGAAUCAGAUGUUGGAAUCAUCUGAUAAGAAUUUGAAGGCAGAUAUUAUAAAAAUGCUACAACAAUCAAUUACAAUUCUCUUAAGAAAUAGAAAAUCGCAAAAAAGAAAUAAUAAUUAUGCAAAAAAGAAAAGGGAAUUAUAAAACUGAAAAAUACAAAGCUCAGAAAUUAAAAACUCACAAGAUGAGCUCAACAGAAGAGUGGAAAUGGGAGGCUACAAUCAGUGAACAUGAGGACAGAACAAUAGAAUUCACUCAAUUUGAACAAUAGAAAAGAAACUGGAAAAAAUGAACAGAGUCUCAGGGACCUGUAAGACUACAACAGAAUAUCUAAUAUCAUUGGAGUCCCAGAGAGUAGAGGAGAAAAGUAGGGAUGAAUGAGUAUUUGAAGAAAUAAUGGCUGGGAACUUCCCGUAUUUGAUGAAAGACACCAACUUAGAGAUUGAAUGAACCCAAAAGCUAAAUGAACCCAAACAGGAUAAACCUAAAGGAUCCAUGACAAGAUACAUCAUAAUUAAACUUUUAAAAAAGGACAAAAACUCUUGAAAGGAGCCAAAGAGAAACAAGGCUUUCUCUGUAGGAAACACCAAUUUAAGUGGAUUUGUUAUGUAAAACCAUGAAGAAGGAAAGGGCUAAAAAGAAAAGAACUGUUAACAUAGUUCUCUAUCUGGAAAAGCUAUUUUUCAGGGAAAAUAAAGACAUUCAGAGAUGAGUGAAAGUUAAGAUUCUGUGACUAGCAGGCCUACUGUGAAAAGACUGAAGUUCUCCAAGCAGAAAGGAAAUGAUAAAAGAAGGAAACUUACAGCAUCAGGAAUCAAGAAGAAACAAUAGAAAGAACAGAAAUAUGAGUCCAUACAAUAGCACAUUUCCUUAUGAGUUUUAUAAACAGAUUGAAA